AUGAUUCACCAUGGUGAAUUGGAUUGCUUCCUGGUCAAGAAGAAGGAGUCCUUUGGGAAACUCGACCCCGAGGACGAGCGAGCGCGUCUGAGUGUGACCUUCACGGAGUUUCUGAAACACGUCGCCAACACGUUCGAAGAGGGCCGGAUUGACAGGCACUGGAAAACCUACGGCCUCCUGUGUUCGCCUUGCUUCUUUGACUACGAGUACAUAGUCAAGACGGAAACCCAAGACGAGGACCUGGAGUUCGUGUUCGGUCGGUUCGGCUUCCCCUCGGAUCCCCACCGGGCGAAGAAGCUGAGGGGGGACCUGGCGACCAAGAUGGCGAGGGAUUUCAGAUACUACGAGACUGUUCCGCUGGAGGUGAAGCAGGAGAUUUACAACAUCUACAAAGCAGACAUGGAAAUGUUUGGAUACGACCUUCCCGAUGACUUCUGGGAGACGCCAUGAUCUGCUCAGCUUCAGUCAUAGUUUUUUCUGUUUACAUUCCUCCAUACACAC